AUGAAAACUUCAUUACAACAGAAAUCAUUUGGCGCAAGUCUUGAACCACAAACCCAAAGUGGAACUAUGUUAUACACGUGUGAUACAAUUAUCAGAAAUGGCGACGAAGAGAAACAAAUCCAAGCAGCUCUCAAAAUUGCAACUGAGAAACUGACUGACGUGGAGUCACCAAAAACUGGAAUUCCAAUUUUUGCAUUUUCACAUAAGAGAAGUUUAGAUAUGACGGAUGACGACUGUGCAAAGCCACGGGUGUUACACAUGACAGAAGCAUUUGUUGAUUUAGACAGUUGGACGUCACAGCUGAGUGGUGAGGAGACUUCCAUAGUAACAGACAUCUUCUCGACUUAUUUACAAAAUGGGAUCAAGUCGGUUGUCCUGAAUCCAUUCCAAUCGUGUGGCACACUUAAUGCGACUCUCAGCGAGUCAUUACACGCAAAAGUGACCCACCAGAGUGUUGGGAAUGUGUUCUCUGAAGAGACGAUCAAUAAUGUAUGGGUUAAGAAGAGUGGUGACAUCAUGAGGCCAACAAACACGAUAGUGAUGGUGGAGAUAUACCUGGAGCCUUUGGACGACGACCAAGAGGGACAUUUGAUUGUUGAAAUGGCAAAGAAGUUUAUUGGCAAACCUGCUCCAUUUACGCCAUUCACCGCCUUUUUAACUGAAAAUUGGAAGAAGCAAAAGUAUUUCAAAAAGAAGAGAGGUGCAAGUGAGAAUUAUGAAGAAGACAUCAAGAUGGAUGACCAACAAGAUACUAAUUUCUCAAGUCACUCAAAAGUGAUGGUGAUGAUGACUACAACACCAGAAACUAUGACAAACACACUAUUUAACUUAACAAACAUUAAGACAAUUGUUUCUUCUGCUAAGUACAAUGAAGUGGUUUACACGGCGUCUGACUGGAGUGACGAGGGAAAUGCUAAUACUAUUGAAAAAUUCAAUACGGGAGGAUUGAAUGUCGUGGAGACAAGAGAACUGAUUGCAGGGUAUUUGCUCCACCCCGCCUAUUUGAGAGAGUAA